GCAAAGAAUGAGAGGAGGAGGUGCAGGGUCUAUCGUCCAAUAAAAACGCUCGGCGCUAGUUUUGACCGUGUGUUUUUUCCUCACGCAAGCGUUUGUAUCACAUCGGCGUAUGGCGCCAAUUUGUAAAGGUCAUAAGUCGAGACAUACAUCGAGUCUGUCAAUUUGUCCGCCAGUAAAUUCUGCAGGGCCGUGCCACCUGACCAUCGAGGCGCCCCCCUACCCGGCCACGCGGGCCAUACAUCGAGUCUGACACUUUUCCCCUCCAGUAAAUUCUGUUUAAAGUUUUGUUUUCACAUACGUCCCAAAUUACAGAUAAUUUUCUUACACAGGCACGAGUAGCAUCAUCAAGGCCGUACCACCUGGUCAUACAUCAAGUCUGACAAUUUCCCCGCCAGUAAAUUCUGUUUAUAGUUUUGUUUGUCAUACAUGACCGUGCAGAUAUGGGGUGACAGAGACAAUUAAAUUGUAUUACGUCGAGCGGAGGGCCUUUUCCUCCUCCUAGAGGCACAGCGCCUUACCAAAGUUUGUACCAGCCAAAGAACCACAAGUUUCAUCGAGACCUUACCCGGUAAGUAUAUUAUUUCUUUUAUUCCUGUUAUAAAAAUGCUAUUCAAUUAAAAAAUAACAUUCUAAUAAUAGGUAUUCUCUCUUUUUUUUUCUAUGUACGAGAGAGAGAGACUACGCCGACCGGUCAAGAGAAAAUCUGCGAGAGAAUCAACAGAGACAUUAACAAGCAUGUUAAAUGAAAGGGGUUCUGAAGCAGAAGCGGGGCUACCCCCCACCGACGAGGUCGCAUACGGAGCAACACCCCCAGCGGCUAUACCCGAAGCCUUAUUAAAUGAAAUAGCCAUUAUCAACAAUGCUAAUAAUGAAAAUGAUGCGGAUUACUCUGCUCAACACGACUCGCCACCAGCGGCGUCUGCUGAAACACUGGCCCAGGACCCCUGUUUUCUCCCAUCCUUAGAGACAUUAACAAGCAUGUUAAAUGAAAGGGGUUCUGAAGCAGAAGCGGGGCUACCCCCCACCGACGAGGUCGCAUGGUCCCCCGCGGAUUCUGAAUUGUGGGAGGCCUUGUCAGACGUGGAAUUUCUUCUCGAUGCUGAGGAGAUUGAAAAUGAAUUUGGGCUGGGACAAUUUGAAAAUGUUCAACAGGAAGGUGGCGGUGCCGUCGGUGACGUGGAUCCCCAGCCUGACGGGGUCCUUCAUCGCCGCAGAUUCAAUAACGUACAGAUUAGGCGGAUUCUAAAUAUCCCGCGACCUAGAAACGAAGGCAAUUUCCGCGAGUACUAUGAAAAUGUAAUCGAGGGGUUUCAAAAUAUUGUGAAUGAGGCGAUUCCUUACGCCGUAUGGGGAGCCUAUAUACAGGUCACCCUGCGCGCUGACUUUUUAAACGACGAGCUGUCGCAAAUUGUACGGUAUGGGGUGGGGGAGCUGACAGACUUGCAGCAGCUGCUGGAUCGCCUGGUACAGUCUAAUCAAGAGAUUUUAAACGAUUCCAACCUAGAAGUAAUCGUAGACGUAAUAAAUAUCCCACGCGGCGGCGGCGGGAACAAACGUAAACUACAGACCAUGUUAGCUUCAGAAAUAAUUUCUAAAAAAGCCAGACACAUGUUUAUCAUUAAUAACAACACCAACGCGUGUUUCGCCAUAAACUUGGCGCAUCUGCUGCACGAAAACUUGGCUGACGCCGAGGCUGAAAAGCUCGGCCUGGAGUUACAGGAGAAAGCGGGAUUCAGCCCCGACCACACAGUCGCUUUGAAUGACAUUAUCAAUUUCGAGAAAAUCAUUGAUUGCAAAGCAGUGGUGUAUUAUCAACAACCUUAUUCAAACAAUCUCCAAAUUUACCAGACACCCACGCCUAGCGACGGUAGACGGGCGGUGUAUUUCUUUUUACACAAUCAGCAUUUUUACGGCAUUAAAAGCGUAAAGGGGUUCUUAGGGGUGGGGUACGUUUGCACGAGCUGUUUCAAAGGGUUCGACUCGCCUCACUCUCAUCAAUGCGAAAAAUUUUCGCCACCGUACGCCUAG